GGGUUUGUAUGACACCUGUAAUUGUUGCUAAGCUGUGUGGAAUCCUCUCCAACCUCAAGAUUCCGCUUCAGGAGGUCCGGGGUGGUGAUGCCCAUCUGCUACCAUACUUGGUAACAUCCAGAGAAGGUCUAUGUGAAUUGGGAACCCGCUUCUGCCCUUCCCUGCCAUGUUGCCUGUCAGUUGGGAAUUUCACACCCGACACACACAAACCCAGGAUAUCUUCACUAAAGUCACCAGCAGUUUUCCAAGAAUCUCUCCAUCAAACCAUUUCCCACCUCAGUGUGACCUUGACCUUUCCUAAGCUCCAUGUGUCCAAAUGUCCUAGCUGCGGACACUCGGUUGGCCGCUUGGCUGGCGAACACUUACAUCUUGGAGCUUCCAGUGCAGCCCCACCUGGAUCCCACCCCUCUAAUCUGAAGACCCCAGUAAUGUCUAAGGAGAGAAAUAAAGACAACUUUUUUUUUUUUUUAAUCCCUAUCCCAACUGGAAUGGACUGGGAGAAGGAAACCUUGACCCUUGCUGCUCCGUCAGCCGUUGGGAGGCCCCAUGCCCAGGACUGGGAGCAUCGGGGCAGGGCAGUUCCCAAGAACAGAGUGACCCAUUUGGCCGAGCCAGGUCAAGCCAAGAGUGAACGUCUUAAGAAAUUUGAGCACUUCAUGCCCUUCCAGUACUGCUCAGGUUCCAGCCUAGCCCAACUGACUUCCGCUGCUGCUGCUCUGGGCUCUGACUGUCCCACUGUUGUUACCACCGAAGUACUGGGCUUGAACUCGAGUUAAGAAGGCCACACGUGGAGACAGAGGGAAGGCAAGAAGGUGACGAGAAGACAGGAGGGUUGAAUUUGAACAGGGAAAAGAUCAAAAGUAAAGCCAGAAUCCUA